CUUUCAACAACACCCCCCGACGUCAUCGAGCUCAUUGCGUAUUAUGCAGCCACAUCUGAUCUUCCAGGUCCUCCAAGGGACAUCGUUCCUUUGCUAUCUACCUGCCGAACUAUUUAUUACUCACUGUCCUUCCAACACAAUCAUGGGCUUUAUGCUGAUAUCUUCAGAUUCAAAUUUGACUGUGGGGCUCCGAUACGUCGCUUUGCGAAUGACCCAUUGUGUCGUACAUCCUCAACUGGGCUCAGCCUCGAGUUGCGUUCUCGUUUUGAAGCAUUGCGUUAUAUGCGCACCGUUGUCCAAACGAAAACAUGUAUCACCCACUCGAAAGAAGAAACAAUCCGACAUCUGUGGACCAUAUACUUUAUGUGCACCGAAAGUGACAGGAAGAAUUUUGUGCAACUCGUGUCUUAUGGGGAUCUCAAAACCUUUCUGAGGGUUUGCAUGGAGGAAUUGCUGCUUCCUGCAAUUGAGACAGAAGAGUAUGUCCUGGAGACGCUAGAUCGGACGCUCGUAGCCUGGAUUUUGUGGUUGAGCACAACAUUAGGCAAGCCACCUUCUGAAACACGAUGCUGCCCAUUCAACUCUUUUUCGGGUAGAAUCUACUCAGCGUACCUAGCUCCGUGGAUGAUUUUUCGCAUUUCCCCCGAAAAGGACAGUAAUCGCCCGCUUCCCAGAUUCAAACCCUGUCAACCGGAUCAGGGAAGUACAGACCGAUAUGCCGCAAACGUGCGAUUAGAAGAUCGAUCCGUUGUGGUCUCCUUAUAUGGGUACCCAAUAUGCCUUACCCCACCGCUUUUGUCACAUGCUGCCUUCCUGUCGUACUUUGUAAGAUUGGAGAGGAGGUCCUUGUAUGAGGCGAACGAUCUGGGGACUGUGAAGUACGUAUCUAGACGGUUGCCAUGCAUGAAAGAUUCGUCCAGGCUUGAUGGCGACUUCUAUCGGUGGGUGAAGGUGGCAAGUUCAUUCGAAAGCUGCGUUGACCGGUAUGAUUUUAGGCUCAGGACUUGCGUCGACCCUCAUACUUGGCAACGGAAAACAAGAUUCCUUCCACCAGGCAUGUUCACUGGUGACUGGGAAGGCAAAUUUGCUUUCACCGAUUUUGAUAGCUUCAGAGAUAUGCUAGACGGAGAUGAUGAUGCCAUUCAUUCUGCUACCAUAGGACAACAACCACAGGUGUGGAGUAUUCGCGAGCACCAACAUAAUCCUAAACUAGCAGCUGCUCUUGAAUCAUGGGGACACACUGAUCGCCAUGGUGUACAUCGAGCCCCUAUCAGCACAAAGCCGGUCCUCCCUGGACCAUCGCUGAAUGCGCAUUUGCCUGAGGAUGUCGAGAUCGAAGAAGUCCAUCCUGAUUAUGGAAUGAUCCACUUUGCGUCAUUCUCUGGGAUUGAUGAACAUUCUUUUGGCGGGCUGGAGGACGAUUCCGAAGAGGAAGAUGAGAGUGAUAUCAUCUUAACAGGGAAGGGUCAUUCCGCGUGGGGUUUAUUCGAGUUGAAGGGGAGAGUACGACGGUGGGAUGGACUGAUUAGUAUUGUCAAGACCUACGUAAGUGACGAAGGACGAGGGUCGUGGCUGUAUCGGGGAUACAUUCUUAGCGGUGGUAUCUGGGUUGGGCGUUGGAGAGAUACGUUGACAGAUGAGGAUACGAACGGGUACGAGGGCGCAUUUGCCAUGACGAGACGAACUGAACCAUGA